AUGGGGGAGAUUGUUUUCUUUGAGGACAGAGACUUCCAGGGUCGCUCCUAUGAGUGCAUUUCAGACUCCUCUGAUUUACAUUCCCAUGUAGAUCAGUGCAACUCUAUCCGGGUAGAGAAUGGCUGCUGGAUGAUCUAUGAGUGUCCUAACUAUAUGGGAUAUCAGUAUUAUCUGAAGAAGGGGGAAUACCCUGAUUACCAGAGGUGGAUGGGUAUCAACAACUGCAUCAGGUCAUGUCGCAUGAUUUUGCCACAACAAGGAUCCCAGCAGAUAAAGAUCUAUGAGAAAGAAGACUUUAAGGGAAAAAUGGUGGAAUUAUCAAAUGACUGUCCCAAUGUCCAUGAGAGGUUUCAGUACAACAAUAUCCAUUCUUGCAAUGUAAUUCAGGGAAACUGGAUCUUUUAUGAAGAGCCCAAUUACGAAGGAAGGCAAUAUCUCCUGAAGCCUGGAGAAUACAGGAGGUUCAGUGACUGGGGCGCUGUGGAUGGCAGAGUUGGUUCUUUCAGGCCCAUCCUGGAUAUCUACUGA